UUGUCUACACUAGAAAAUAUUUGUUUUUGUAGUCAUAAUCUUCAGCAUACAUGUAAUAAAACCUCAACUAAAUGAAAAAAACUGUGAUAUAAGACUAUGAAUCGCUUUGAAUAUUGUGAACCUGCCCUAGGGCCCAACGAAUAUUUUUUAGUGCAAGACAAGAACGUACGUUUAUACGAUGGCAACCAAAAAACAAAUUUCGAGGGUGGCGAAUUGACCGUAACAUCACAUCGUAUUUUUUGGGCUCAACCAGGCCACUUUUCCAAUGGUCAAAUAUGCCUAGCACUGCCACUAAGUUUGGUCACUGCAUUCAAUGAAGAGUCACCAGGAGCAUUUAGCUUUAGCCGCAAUCAAAAAAUAGUUUUAUAUUUACAUGAGCCGUCACCAGAUAGAAAUGAAGGGCCUCAGCUUAAUAGUCUGUAUAAUUAUAUUAAACUGUCAUUCAGAGAAGGUUUUGGUGCACAUACCCUUGAUGCCAUUAACAAUGCAAUAACACAAAAACAAUGGUUGCUUGAUGUGCAGCAGCAGCAAGAAAUUGCUCAAGGCAGUAGUGCACCUAAGAAAUUACCUGAAAUUAAGUUAAGAACUGGUAUUGUGGGCAUUGAGAGAUUUUUACAAGAGAAGCAAAAGGCUACAGAUGAAAGUAUUUCAGUUGCUUUCCAAGAUUUAAGCAAGUUGAUGCUGAUGGCAAAGGAUAUGGUCAGGCUAUCACAAAAUAUCUCAACAAAAAUUAGAGAAAAACAAGGUGAUAUCACUGAAGAUGAAACCGUCCGCUUCAAAUCGUAUCUGAUGAGUCUAGGUAUUGACGAUCCUGUCACAAGAGACGGUUUCAAAUCAGACAAUGCAUACCACAAGAGCCUAGCGAAGCAAAUAAGCGAUAAUUUGGUAACACCCAUUGAAGAAGUUGGCGGCAUGAUGGUACUUACCGAUGUUUUCUGUCGUGUGAAUCGAGCUAGAGGCCUAGAAUUGUUAUCCCCUGAAGACGUUUUAAACGCUUGUCGGUACAUGGAGAAGCUGGAAUUGCCACUGAAGUUAUUCCGGUUUGAUUCAGGCGUAUUGGUAUUACAGCUUGUGAGUUUAGAUGGUGAAUCUGUUGCUUACGCCACUGAAGAACUUAUUACUGAAAGAGGAUCACUGAGUGCAGAAGAAUUAGCACAAUAUCUUGGAAUAUCGGUGGUUCUCGCUAAGGAAAGGCUAAAGACAGCUGAAAAUUAUGGACGGUGUUGUCGUGAUGAUUCCAUGCAAGGUUUACGCUUUUAUCCUAAUUUAUUUUUGACCAGGGACGACUAAGACGUAUUUAAUUGAUGAUAGGAAAGGUAAUGUUGCUUUUUAAAUAAUGUUUGUAUAUAAUUCAUAAUUAUAUACAUUUAGAAUAUGCUCAUUUCAUUUUUGUGCAGGAAUUUUAUUUUUAAGUCGUCACAUGUAUUUUUGUCUUUAAAAUUCUAUCCACUAUUUAUUAUGUACGCAUAAAAACUAUCAUCGCAAGUAAGAAAACGUGAUACAACACAGGCAGUAAUCUAAAUUUGAACAUUUAAAAUCAAAUGCAUAUAUACUCCACCAAAGUAAAAAGAAAAAUAAGACGCAUUAUUAAAUAGAAA